AUGGAGGACGCCGGGAAAGCCGAGACCACCGCAGAGGCGGAGAGACAAAACGGCGUGACACCGCCAUCCUCCUCGGCGUCCGGCGCGGGCCCCAUCUCGGCCGCUGGGGCGCCGCCCUCCCCGGCCAGCCCGGCGCCGCUGCUGGCUCCGCUGGCCCUGCCGUUCACGGCCGGGUCGUUCGGCGUGGUGCAGGUGGGCAGGGACGAGCCUGCCGCCCCGACACCGUUCGGCCGGCGCGGCUCGCCCGGCCUCAGCUGUGUGGUGUGCGGCGACACGAGUAGCGGAAAACACUACGGCAUCAUGGCCUGCAACGGCUGCAGCGGCUUCUUCAAGCGCAGCGUUCGCCGCCGCCUCAUCUACCGAUGCCAGGCUGGCACAGGCAAGUGUGUCGUCGACAAGGCUCACAGAAAUCAGUGCCAGGCGUGCCGGCUCAGAAAAUGCCUCGUCAUGGGAAUGAACAAGGAUGCCGUGCAGAACGAGCGCCAGCCUCGGAACACUGCCACCAUCCGACCCGAGGUUCUGGCCGAAAUGGAUCACGACCGCGCCAUGAGGGAGGCCGCAGUGGCCGUGGGCGUCUUCAGUCCGCCGAUGUCAAUGAUGGCGCACCAGCACUACAUGAGCGGCGGCUUCAUGCACCCGAGCAGCAGCGUCUCGCUGUCGCUGACACCGCCGGGACCGGGUCUGGCCAGUCUGGCCGGUACAGCCGGACAGCCCACCGGCCUGGACAUGAGCCUCCGGCGGGACUCGGAUAAGCCGCUGUCGAGCCCGGAGCCCAAGUCGGAGGAGGGCUGUGGCCUGCUGCCGCCGCCGCUGGCUCUCUCAGCCGGCUGGCCGCCGCUGCACCCGGCGGCUGCCUCCUACCUGGAGCGACCCGCCUUCUGCACACAGCCGCAGGAGAGCAUCUACGAGAACUCAGCGCGCCUCCUCUUCAUGGCCAUCAAGUGGGCCAAGAAUCUGCCCUCGUUCGCCAGUCUGUCAUUCAGGGACCAGGUGAUCCUGCUGGAGGAGGCGUGGUCGGAGCUGUUCCUGCUGUGCGCCAUCCAGUGGUGUCUGCCGCUGGACACGCCGCCGCUGUUCAGCGUCUCCGAUCACGUGCAGAGCGUACCGGACGGCAAGGCGGGACACCUGGCGGCCGACGUGCGCCGGCUGGCCGACGUCUGCGCCAAGUACAAGCUGAUCGCCGUCGACCCGGCCGAGUUCGCCUGCCUCAAGGCGGUCGUCCUCUUCAAGUCGGAGGCUCGCGGUCUGAAGGAGCCGGCCCAAGUGGAGAACCUGCAGGACCAGGCACAGGUGAUGCUGGGACAGCACGCCCGCGGCCAGCACCUGGCCCAGCCGGCCCGCUUCGGACGAAUGCUGCUCAUGCUGCCACUGCUGAGGGCGGUGCCGGCGCCGCGCAUCGAGGCCAUCUUCUUCCGACGCACCAUCGGCAACACGCCCAUGGAGAAGCUGCUCUGCGACAUGUUCAAGAGCUGAGCGACCGGCGCACGGCGGCAGGGCUGGUCAGUAAGGACCAGCGCGCUGGCUCUCGUGAGAGGGGAGAGCUGGUCAGAAAGGACGGAGGCCAGUGAGGAGAAAACGGUGUUUGACGUAUAGCUGUAAGGUGAAGCCAGCGAGAGACCGUAAAGCCAAUGGUCCCACAUGGUCCAUUGGACAAGGUCAUUAAAAUCAAAGGAGAGAAGCUUAGAAGUUCCACGGUAAUGAGUGGAAUAGGAGGGAGCAAAGCGUCAACUAGUCAGUGUUGGGUGUUUUGCAGGCAACCCAAGAGAAAAUACGAGUGGAUUUGAUGUAACGAGUUAACGACCGGCCACAAAUACUGAAGUGCAAUGUGUCCAUGUCUCUGGGACACCGAGAUACGUACGCCAUCCUUUGUAAAAUGCAAACCCAUCGCAAUAGGCAAUCGCAUUUUUCAUCUCGAGUGACAGUGCUGCCACUGCACGAUGCUGCUAGUCAUUUGGUGAGUAGAUAGUUUGUCAUGCAUAUUGAAGCACAAAAAAUGCCGUAGGGGUUGGGCCGCCUGAGAAUGCUACGAAAAAAAUCCUGGCUUUUAUUACGAUAAAGGCAUGAUAAAGGUUAUUCAUCGAAUCAAGCGGUUACGCAGCGUAGUCACUUCGAUGCGAUUAUGUAGGACAUAAAGUUACAUUUAUAAUUUUAUCACUUGAAAUAAGAAAAGUGUACGACGCUUGUCAGUUUUGAAUCAAAUCGACCAUUAAUUAAACGCUGGUGGUGGGCACCUAUAUGGCCCCUGCACCAGACAAGUCGAGAGGGUGCGAACAAUCCUGUAUGUACAUACGUAGGUAUUUGACAUGUUCUUGCUUAGACAUUCCAUUUCCUUCGAUAAUUGUUAUAUUGAUUUUUAUAUAGAUUCAUGGAUGGGGCCGUGCAAUAGCUCAUGCGACAUACCAUACCUACCUAGUACCUACCAUCUUCAGAGAUAAAUGUAUGUAAUUUUUCUUAUGGCAUAUUUAUCGUUCUAUAGGAGGCGUGUACUUUCCAUGUCUUUUUCUUUGAAGUGAAGUUGUUUUGUUGCAGCAAUAUGUAAUGGAAAACAUAUGCGAACCCCGCGAGCACAGCGAUACCUACUGCUGUUUUACGUGCCGCAAACAGUUUUCAAUAAAUGUAUUA